GCCAUGAGGGAGAUCGUGCACAUCCAGGCGGGACAGUGUGGAAACCAGAUCGGGACCAAGUUUUGGGAAGUGAUAAGUGAUGAGCAUGGCAUUGACCCAGCCGGAGGCUAUGUCGGUGACUCAGCGCUGCAGCUGGAAAGGAUCAAUGUCUACUAUAAUGAAUCAUCUUCCCACAAAUUUGUACCAAGAGCAGUCUUACUGGACUUGGAGCCGGGAACCAUGGAUAGUGUGCGGUCUGGUCUUUUUGGUCAGCUCUUUCGGCCCGAUAAUUUCAUCUUUGGUAUGUGGAUGUUUCUUUUUAAAAAACAGAGCUCUUCUACUGCUGCUUGAUUACCAAGUGAAUGGUCA